AUGCCCGUUUCAAUUACCAACGCGACGUCCUUUGUGCCUCUCUCAGAGGUGACCCACCUGCACUUCAUCAGCCUCACUCCACCAGAGUGCUUGAUCGCGUUCCUGGUCGGCAAUGCAGAUAUGAUCAAGGCGUUCGGCCAGCCACUAGCCGCACAAAUGCAGGCGGAUAUCGCUUCAGGCCAUUCGCCUAACGAGAAGCUAGAAUGCUUGCGCUUAUCGCAGCUACCGGAAGAGGCUCUGCACCACUUUGGAGAGUACAUCGCUUGGCGUAAGGCGACGGAUGCGUUCAGCCAAUUGUCGCCAGCAAAGCAGGCUCUACGAACACCUCUCGACGAGCCAGACGUCUUGAUGGAGAUAUCGGGGAACUCGACCGUCCGGGAUAUCCUAUACGACCUAGCCGUCAACUCGUGCAGGCUGCCUCGUCUCAGGCUGCUGAUCCUCGACACGCAACUUUGUCCGUUGACACCACCAAAGGAUGCGCUCAAGCUACUCGUCGAACAAGGAGCAUUGACAGACGUCUCGAAGCGUUUUCCAGGCCUUCCGCAAUCGGGCUGCGGAUGCGGGUCGCAAGAGCACUACGCUACGACUUUUGUUUCAUCCUUGUUCAACGAUAUGAAGCAGAACUCUGAGGACGGAGACUCGAUGAAUGCCACAAAUCUCCUGCGCUCGGACGAAGAAGCAAAGUCGUGGAGCCGUCUUCUGGACAGCAUGGACGAGCAUUGGCGCCUCACACAAGAGGGAAAGCAUGCCCUGAUCAAGCUUUGGAACAGCUCUCGCUCGAAAAAUGCGACCAACGCCACAGUACCUGUGCACACCGAGAUUCGCAUCGCAGCCGGAAGACACUGCAACCUUACCUCGGACGAGCUGGAACGAGACUUCCACUGCGCAGUGGAGAAUCUCAAGUCGCCUCCGACCGCCUCCUCGUCGAAUUCCAAGCACGACAGCGGCGCUUCACAUGACCUGGGCCUCUGGGCUGACCCAGACGUAUUCUCCGUGAUCGAAACUAGGCCCUGGCUCCCUUAUCUUCAGCUCAACCAGUACGGCUGCUGCUUUUGGACGGGCGAACUUCCCCGAGAUAACGACGCAAGUUCAAGACUUCCCGGCAGCCAGAGCAUCGUCAAUCCUCCCAUCGUACCCCUCGACGAGGCAAAGCUCGACGAGCAAGCAAAGCUCGAGCUCGAGAGGCUCAAGAGGGCGCGGGCGAUGGAUGAAUUGGUCGAAGCCAAGCGGCAGCGAAUAGAGGCCGCCGGACUCGACCAAUCCGAACCCUCGAUUCACUAG